GCCCCGGGAGGAGGGGUGAAGGAGGCCGCUGGCGGCGUCUCCCUCGCUCGCGCUCACAGCCGGCAGCUCCAGCUCCAGGCACCAUGUUCGGUGAGGCGCCCCGCAGCCACACCCUCCCCCGGCUGCCCCGGCUGCAGCUGCUGCUUCUGCUGGUGCAGGCCGUGGGGAGGGGGCUGGGCCGCGCCAGCCCCGCCGGGGGUCCCCUGGAAGAUGUGGUGAUCGAGAGGUACCACAUCCCCAGGGCCUGUCCCCGGGAAGUGCAGAUGGGGGAUUUUGUGCGCUACCACUACAAUGGCACUUUCGAGGAUGGCAAGAAGUUUGACUCGAGCUACGACCGCCACACCUUGGUGGCCAUCGUGGUGGGCGUGGGGCGUCUCAUCACCGGCAUGGACCGAGGCCUCAUGGGCAUGUGUGUCAACGAGCGGCGACGCCUCAUUGUGCCUCCCCACCUGGGCUACGGCAGCAUCGGCGUGGCGGGACUCAUUCCCCCCGAUGCCACCCUCUACUUCGAUGUGGUUUUGCUGGAUGUGUGGAACAAGGCGGACACUGUGCAGGUGAGCACCUUGCUGCGCCCACCUCAGUGCCCCCGCAUGGUCCAGGACAGCGACUUUGUCCGCUACCACUACAAUGGCACACUGCUGGACGGCACUGCUUUUGACACCAGCUACAGUAGGGGUGGCACUUAUGACACCUACAUUGGCUCCGGCUGGCUGAUCAAGGGCAUGGAUCAGGGGCUGCUGGGCAUGUGUCCUGGAGAGCGAAGGAAGAUCAUCAUCCCUCCAUUCCUGGCCUAUGGCGAGAAAGGCUAUGGGACUGUGAUCCCCCCACAGGCCUCCCUGGUCUUCCAUGUCCUACUGAUCGACGUCCACAACCCCAAGGACACUGUCCAGCUGGAGACCCUGGAGCUACCACCUGGCUGUGUCCGGAGAGCCGUGGCCGGCGACUUCAUGCGGUACCACUACAAUGGCUCGCUGAUGGACGGCACCCUCUUUGAUUCCAGCUACUCCCGCAACCACACCUACAACACCUAUGUGGGGCAGGGCUACAUCAUCCCCGGAAUGGACCAGGGGCUACAGGGCGCGUGCAUGGGGGAGCGCAGGAGGAUCACCAUCCCCCCACACCUCGCCUAUGGGGAGAACGGGACCGGAGACAAGAUCCCCGGCUCUGCCGUGCUGAUCUUCGACGUCCACGUCAUCGACUUCCAUAACCCUGUGGACCCGGUGGAAGUCAAGACGCUGGCCCAGCCCCCCGAGACCUGCACCGAGACGGCCAGGCCUGGGGACUUUGUUCGAUACCACUACAACUGCUCUCUGCUCGACGGCACCAGGCUCUUCUCCUCCCAUGACUAUGGGACCCCCCAGGAGGCGACUCUAGGGGCCAAUAAGGUGAUCGAAGGCCUGGACACCGGCCUUCAGGGAAUGUGUGUGGGAGAGAGACGCCAGCUCAUCAUCCCCCCGCACCUGGCACACGGGGAGAGCGGAGCCCGGGGAGUCCCUGGCAGCGCGGUGCUGCUGUUUGAGGUGGAGCUGGUGUCCCGGGAGGAGGGGCUGCCCGCUGGCUACCUAUUUGUGUGGCACGAGGACCCUCCUGCAAACCUGUUUGAAGGCCUGGACCUCAACAAGGAUGGCGAGGUCCCCCCAGAGGAGUUCUCCACCUUCAUCAAGGCUCAAGUCAGUGAGGGCAAAGGACGCCUCAUGCCUGGGCAGGACCCCGAGAAAACCAUAGGAGACAUGUUCCAGAACCAGGACCGCAACCACGACGGCAAGAUCACUGUGGAAGAGCUCAAGCUGAAGUCCGAUGAAGACCAGGAGCGGGUCCACGAGGAGCUCUGAGGGCAGGGGCCUGGGGGCAGGGGCCUGGGACCGACCUUCCAAAGUCACCCUCCCCUCUGCUGGGACGAUGUCUGGGAGCGUGGAGCAAGUGGUCAGAGAAGCCAGCUCUGCUCCCCCACCUGCCCUCGGGGAGAGCCCGCGGCACCCGUGCCUAUUGGGAGUCUCUCUUCAGCCCCCAAGCCCUUUCCUUCAACUUGCUGGCGCUACAGAGCCAGUCUGGGCAUUGGUGGAGUUGAGGAAUGAAUGGGGCCGCUGCUGGGCCCCCGCCCCCACCUCCCCGCUGCAUCGCUACACUGAGUGAGGCCAAACUCCUCAUUUCUUUAUCCCCCUAAACUUGCGUCGUGGUUGCGGUCCUUUAUUAUUCCUCAUCAUAAAUUUUCUUCAUCAUCCACCACCCUUCCAUCUCCAGCCCCAUUUCUGUCAUGGACCAGCCCCCAAGAACGUGAGCCAGGCUGGUAGGAACCCCCGCCACGUCUCCUCCCUCAGCUCCGGCUGGCUCUUGGGAGAGGGGGCAGCCCCCUUCACCUAGCCCAUCCUUCCUCAUCUGCCCUGUCCCCCCUCACUGAGGUGACCUAGGGUGUUGCCUUUUGCCUCAAAAGGCUGCUUUCCCUAAGGGCUGAGACAGGAAGAAAAUGAAGUGAGUGAACCUACCAGUCGGGUCUCAGGGCUGCAGACUCCUUGGUUCUGGGCGGGAUGGGCUUGGAAGAGGGGCUCACGGAGGCCACGGGAGGAGGGGUGGGCAGAGCCCUGAACUGGUGUCAGGUCCCUUUCUCCUUUGUGCCAAAUAAAAGGCUAAACCAGAGGCCCCGGGGGGGGUCUUUCAGUGGGGGGACCCUCAGACUCAGACUGGGGGAGAAGGGGACCAAGGAGGCUGUCCCCAUAGCCUGCGGGCUCAGGAGGCUGUGGCCCUAGGUCUGGGUCCCUCCUGGAGGUCCCUGCCUUCUUGAGGCCAAGUGGGGGCAUCACCCUGGAGAGAGAGCCCCCAUAGGCUGGGAGGGGUGAUUCUUACCUCCUGUCCCAAUUGGAUGGAAAGACAGACCCUGACCUCAAAACAAUAAAGUUCAAAGAUUAAAUGAAAUCACAGGUUGGAUUCCACUUUUUUAA